AUGCAUUUUUCCGUGCCUGGUCUCAUUCAUCUUCCUUCUGCCCAGGUCCGGCGGCCCGAGGCGGGCCCUCUGCUGCUGCUCGGCCUCCGGAAGCGGCCCGGAAGCGGCCUCCUGUCGGGGGACCGUCAAGGAACCCCCCUUGGGGAUGAGCAGCCGGUCCCGGGGAAGGGGCCCCAGGGGCCCGGGAGCGGCGGCUCGAGCAGGUCGGGGCGUCGGAGGCUGGCCCCUUCUCCUCCACGGCAAUUUUCGCGCCUGCCCCUUGCCAGGCGGCCCUUUUCUCCGACGCGCAGCGGCGUUCGCCCGCGCGCGCGCGCGCCCUCGCGAGGGCAGCAGCCCCUCGCGGGGGCCGCCGGGGGCGAGGACACCGUGUUGCAUUGCCCCAGGGCGCAGGGGGGUGGCAGCACCGCGUCGCGGCUCCCGACGAGGCUGGUCUGA